UGCUCUAUCGAACAACCCGCAAUGGCUCUGAAAAGCUAAAACCCUUCUUCAAACCUGCGUUGUCUCCUUCUCUUCUUCUUCUUCUUCCAAGUUCCAACUUUCUUCUUCCCAAGCUCCAUAUAUUCUUCCCUGGAAAUGACUCCAACCGUUGCUAGAUUCGUGAAGCUGUUGGGAAUCCCCGCUUCUGCCAGACCCACCUCUUCGUUUGUAGCGGGUGCACAAGGGAGCGUAAAGUUUUGCUACUCAACCGUGUCCUUUGAUAGUGAUAAUGGCAAUGACAGCAAGGAGAAUGAAACUAAAGACGAUAAUGGUGAUGACUAUGAAUUUCUACGCGAAAAGCCUGCGUUACAUCCCCACGGUGUGGAUCCCAAGAGGGGCUGGGGUUUCCGUGGUGUGCAUAAGGCUAUCAUAUGCGGAAAAGUUGGACAAGCUCCUGUGCAGAAGAUUCUGAGAAAUGGCCAAACUGUAACCAUCUUCACAGUUGGGACAGGGGGCAUGUAUGAUCAAAGAAUUGUUGGAGCAACGGCUCUGCCAAAACCAGUGCAGUGGCAUCGAAUUGCCGUGCAUAAUGAACUGCUUGGAACUUAUGCAGUUCAAAAAUUUGUCAAAAACUCUUCAGUAUAUGUUGAGGGUGACAUUGAAACUAGAGUUUACAAUGAUAGCAUAGAUGGUGGAGUAAAAAAUGUGCCAGAGAUAUGUGUGCGCCGUAAUGGGAGGAUUCGGCUCAUAAAAACAGUAGGAAGCAUCAGCAAUAUCUCCAUUGAGGAGCUGCGAGAAGGAUUGGCUGAUUAGAUGGCAGGCACACCGUGGGAAAAAUUUUAUGCACUGAUUGCUCAGCAACAGCCAAAGGAUCGUCUGUCUGUAAGAAAUGUCUCUCAAGUGUUUAUUAACUCCAAUUUGUAACCACCAGGCCAUUUUCUUUAUUUUUACCCUGAUUUCUAGCCGGAAAUCACUUCUCUUCAAUUUUCUCAUGUUGUUUUUGGUUUUAAGUGUGUUUUGGUUGUUCCAUCUCUUUA